AUGGUACUGAAGAAAAAAGAGUUGUCCCACAUGUGGCCUUUCAGGGAGCACUACACAGCAAGAGAGGAAAUGUCUGAUAAUGAGAUAGAAGCUAGAGGAGAAGAAAGACUACGUGUUGACAAGUGGUGGGGUAACAGAAAGGAGCUGGCAACAGUUCGCACAAUUUGCAGCCAUGUACAGAACAUGAUAAAGGGUGUUACACUGGGAUUUCGUUACAAGAUGAGGUCGGUGUAUGCUCACUUCCCAAUCAACGUAGUUAUACAGGAUAAUGGCUCGCUUGUGGAAAUCCGAAACUUCUUGGGAGAGAAGUUCAUUCGCAGAGUGCGUAUGAGGCCAGGUGUUUCCUGUGCAAUAUCCCAAGCCCAGAAAGAUGAGCUGAUCCUUGAAGGGAAUGACAUUGAAUUGGUCUCCAAUUCAGCUGCCUUGAUCCAGCAAGCCACUACGGUCAAGAACAAGGAUAUCAGGAAAUUCUUGGAUGGUAUCUAUGUCUCCGAGAAAGGAACAGUACAGCAGGCAGACGAGUAG